CCAUACUCAAGCAGCUCAAAACCGCCAGCCAGCUACCAAGAAAUGGCUCUUCUUGCUUCUGCCCUGACGAGUCACAGUGCACAUCCUGGCCUAAGAAGCCCCAUAGGACCCAAUGGUGGCAAUUUGUCAUGGCACCUGUCUUCAUCAAAGAAGAGUAAAAGAAGGUGUGACCUUAGAUCACGAGCAGAAACGAUGAGCAGCGAGCUUGCACAAGAGCAUCUGAUGCCCUGGGAAAUCCCAAGGAAGGAGUGGUUCCCCCACGGGUUCAUCUUUGGCGCCGCCACUUCAGCGUACCAAAUUGAAGGUGCUUGGAAUGAGCAUGGCAAGGGGCCAAGCAUAUGGGACCACUUCUGCCACAAUCAUCCUGAGAGGAUAGCUGAUUGGAGCAAUGGGGAUGUUGCAGUGAACUCCUACCAUCUGUAUGAAGAGGAUGUCAAGUUGCUGAAGGAAAUGGGCAUGGACGCCUAUAGGUUCUCCAUCUCUUGGUCCAGAAUACUGCCAAAGGGGACGCUGGAAGGUGGGAUAAACUAUAAAGGCCUGCAGUACUACAAAAACCUGAUCAACACGUUGAAAGAGAAUGGCAUAGAGCCAUAUGUAACAAUUUUCCACUGGGACACUCCUCAAGCACUGGAGGACAAGUAUGGCAGCUUCUUAAAUCGGAGGAUUGUAAAAGAUUACACAGACUUUGCCAAGGUGUGCUUCGAGCAUUUUGGCGACAAGGUGAAACACUGGUUCACGUUUAAUGAGCCUCACACAUUUUGUUCAUAUGCCUAUGGAAUGGGGCAGCAUGCUCCUGGGAGGUGCUCACCAGGGCACAAUUGCGCCAUCCCAUGUGGUGACUCGCUCAGUGAGCCAUACCGUGUUGGCCACAAUAUCCUCCUAGCUCAUGCUGAGGUAGCUGAUCUAUACAAGAAGUAUUACAAGGGUGAAGACGGGCACAUAGGGAUGGCGCUCGAUUCAAUGUUCUAUGAGCCGCAUGGAAAGACAUUCCUCGAUGAACAAGCCCAAUCAAGAUCCGUUGACUUCAACCUAGGAUGGUUCAUGGAACCAGUGUUUCGUGGUCACUACCCCUUCUCCAUGAGAUCACUAUUGGGAGAUCGACUACCGUACUUUAAAGAUGAUGAGCAAGAGAAAUUAGUGGGUUCCUACGACAUGAUGGGGCUCAACUACUACACAUCCUUGUUCUGUGAACAUAUUGACAUUUCUCCAAGAUUCUCGCCAGCGCUGCACACCGAAGAUGCCUAUGCGAGACCCAAAAUGAAUGAUCAUGAAGGCAAUCCUUUGGGUCCUGAUACUAGAUCACAAUGGAUUAAAUCGUACCCAAAAGGCCUAAAGAACCUUCUUAUGAUCAUCAAGGACAAAUAUGGAAACCCACCCGUCUAUAUCACUGAGAAUGGGACCGCGGAUUCUGACAACGGUAAUCUAUCCAUGAGAGACGCAUUGGAUGAUGAUAUAAGGCUAGAUUACCUCCAGCGCCAUAUCUCAGUCAUCAAAGAGUCAAUAGACUUGGGUGCGAACGUGCGCGGGCACUUCACCUGGUCUCUGCUGGAUAACUUCGAGUGGGCUAACGGCUACACCGAUCGUUUCGGCCUCAUCUACGUCGACCGCGACGAUAGCUUCAAGCGGCACAUGAAGAAGUCAGCCAAGUGGUUUAGAAAGUUUAACAAUGCUCCAAGGAAGGUCAUCGAUGACAAACAUGGUCAUAUCACCACCCUUCCAGCUUUUAUCAGCAAUAACUGAGAUUCGUGCAGCGUGGUUGCGCACCCCGGCAUGCACGAAGAAUGAAAUUGGUGUGAGCUUUGAAACCAACAAGUAAAAUAGAAGAAAAUAAUUCGGUGUCCUAUUUGGUGUAAAUGCGAAUGAACUAAGUGGUGUGUCCACUUCACUAUA